AUGUCUUGCCGCUCCUACCAAGUCAACUCUAGUCGUCAUGUGGGCAACUUCAGCUCUUGCUCAGCAAUGGCCCCCCAGAACCUGAACCGCUUCCGGGCCAGCUCUGUCUCCCGCAGGAGUGGGUCCAGCUUCCGAGGCCUUGGCGGCUUUGGUAGUCGGAGUGUCAUCACCUAUAGAUCAUGCUCACCUCGGAUGGCAGCUGUUGGCCCUCGUCCUAUCAGCUGUGGUGCUGGCAGUGGAAUGGCCUUUGGCUUUGGUGGUGGGUGUGGUGUUGGUCUGGGGUUUGGAGCCAGCAGUGGCUUUGGCUAUGGCUGCAGUGGCCCUGGCUUUGGCUACAGAGUUGGAGGAAUUGGAGUCCCAGCAGCCCCAUCUAUCACAGCAGUGACUGUUAACCAGAGCCUGCUGACCCCGCUCAACCUGGAGAUUGACCCCAAUGCGCAGAGGGUGAAGAAGGAUGAGAAGGAACAAAUCAAGACCCUCAACAACAAAUUUGCCUCCUUCAUUGACAAGGUGCGGUUCCUGGAACAGCAGAAUAAGCUUCUAGAGACCAAGUGGAACUUCCUCCAAGAGCAGAAGUGUGCCAGGAGCAACCUGGAGCCGCUCUUUGAGAGCUACAUCACCAACCUGCGGAGGCAGCUGGAUGUAGCCAACAGCGACCGGGCCCGUCUGGAGGCUGAGAGGAACAACAUGCAGGAUGUCCUGGAGGGUUUCAAGAAGAAGUACGAAGAGGAGGUGGAAUGCCGGGCCAACGCCGAGAAUGAGUUUGUGGCUCUGAAAAAAGAUGUGGAUACAGCUUUCUUAAAUAAAUGUGAUCUAGAGGCCAACGUGGACACCCUUGCUCAGGAACUUGACUUCCUGAAAACCCUAUACAUGGAGGAAAUCCAGUUGCUGCAGUCGCACAUCUCAGAGACAUCAGUCAUUGUGAAGAUGGACAACAGCCGAGACUUGGACUUGGAUGGAAUCAUCACCGAAAUCAAGGCCCAGUAUGAAGAGGUUGCCAAGCGCAGUCGAGCUGAUGCAGAGGCCUGGUACCAGACCAAGUAUGAGGAGAUGCGGGUGACAGCUGGCCAACACUGUGACAACCUGCGCAACACACGGAAUGAGAUCAAUGAGCUGACCCGCCUGAUCCAGAGGCUGAAGACAGAGAUCGAGCACGCCAAGUGUCAGCGGGCCAAGCUGGAGGCCUCCGUGGCUGAGGCGGAACAGCAGGGUGAGGCAGCCCUCAAGGAUGCCAAAUGCAAGCUGGCAGAUCUGGAGGGCGCCCUGCAGCAGGCCAAGCAGGACAUGGCGAGGCAGCUGUGCGAGUACCAGGAGCUGAUGAACGUCAAGCUGGGCCUGGAUAUUGAAAUCGCCACCUACAGGCGCCUGCUGGAGGGCGAGGAGAUACGGAUCUGCGAAGGAGUUGGGCCAGUAAACAUAUCCGUGAGCAGCUCCCGCGGUGGCCUGGUGUGCGGGCCUGAGCCCGUGGUCUCCAGUUCCACCCUCUCCCGUGGCAGAGUCAGCUACUCCAGCAGCAGCAUCCGUUCUGGUGGCGUCUGCGGCUCCAGCCUGGGUGGGGCCCAGGUCGUCAUGGGUGGUGGGGACCUGCUGAGCACAGGCUCCCGUGGAGGCUCGGUGCUCAUGAGGGAGGCCUGUGGGCCCUGCGCCCCCAGCGUCCCCUGCCAGCUGCCCACCGAGGGCUGCUUCAGCAGCUGCAGUGGGGGCCGUAGCAGCCGCGGUUCCAGCGUCCGCUUCGUGUCCACCACCACCUCCCGCCGGACCAAAUACUGA